UCAUAUUGUAGUUGAUAUUAAAUUUUGCAUUCUGUCAGUAUGGUAUUUGAAGGGAAGAUAAUAUAUGGAAAUGAGUAAUGAAAGUGCAUGCUUUUUGCUACAUAUGAGCCUUUUGUGUCACAUUCAUUACAUUUCUAAAAAAUACCCAUCUUUUCUGUUUUUCCCCCCCAGAUUAAUUCAGAUUUUCUUUUUUAAUUCCUGACCGAAAAUAUAUAUUAAGUUACAGAUAAAGUUGAUUAUAAUAUUAUACAAUAUUCAGGAUAAAUUAUAGAUGUUAUGAGCUGUAAAUAGUGGCAGAUCACAGAAAUGUAAUGCAUUGCCAUUUUAGUAGUUUAUAAUUGUUAUAGUGGAGGUGAUGUCUUGCAGAUUCUUUAUAAUUUACUUCAUAAUAGGCUAAUAUUCAGAAUGUCCUGAUAGAAUGUAUACAUGGCAGUUGAUGGCUUCUUACAAGAGUUCUUUCUUAGAGAUCUUAGAAAAUUCAAAGAUGCCAAGAAGCAAUUUGAAAAAGUCAGUGAAGAGAAAGAAAAUGCACUAGUAAAAAAUGCUCAAGUACAGAGAAACAAACAGCACGAAGUUGAAGAGGCCACAAACAUUCUGACAGCAACAAGAAAAUGUUUUCGACACAUAGCCCUCGACUACGUUCUUCAGAUUAAUGUCCUUCAAUCAAAAAGGAGAUCAGAAAUCCUAAAAUCAAUGUUAUCCUUCAUGUAUGCCCACUUGGCCUUCUUUCAUCAAGGAUAUGAUCUAUUUAGUGAACUUGGGCCCUACAUGAAGGACCUCGGUGCACAGUUGGAUCGAAUGGCUGUGGAUUCAGCAAAAGAGAAAAGAGAGAUGGAGCAAAAACAUUCCACCAUUCAACAAAAGGCUGCCUUACAGGAUUUCUCCAGUGAUGAUUCUAAGUUAGAAUAUAAUGUAGAUGCUGCAAAUGGUAUUGUUAUGGAAGGAUAUCUGUUCAAACGAGCCAGCAAUGCAUUCAAAACUUGGAACAGGAAAAAGCCCGAUCAUAUCAGACGCUGGUUUUCAAUACAGAACAAUCAGUUGGUUUACCAGAAAAAGUUUAAGGAUAACCCCACUGUGGUGGUGGAAGAUCUAAGGCUUUGCACAGUGAAACAUUGUGAAGACAUAGAACGGCGAUUCUGCUUUGAGGUGGUCUCUCCAACAAAAAGUUGUAUGCUUCAGGCAGAUUCUGAAAAGCUGCGCCAGGCAUGGAUUAAGGCUGUUCAGACCAGUAUUGCUACUGCUUAUAGAGAGAAGGGUGAUGAAUCAGAGAAGCUGGACAAGAAGUCAUCUCCAUCUACAGGAAGCCUGGAUUCUGGAAAUGAGUCAAAAGAUAAAUCAUUGAAAGGAGAAAGUGCACUGCAGCGAGUCCAGUGUAUCCCUGGCAAUGCCAGCUGCUGUGACUGUGGCCUGGCAGACCCACGGUGGGCCAGCAUCAACCUGGGCAUCACCCUGUGUAUUGAGUGUUCUGGAAUUCACCGGAGUCUUGGAGUUCAUUUUUCAAAAGUACGUUCUUUAACUUUAGACACGUGGGAGCCUGAACUUUUAAAGCUUAUGUGUGAGUUGGGGAAUGAUGUUAUAAAUCGAGUUUAUGAGGCUAAAGUAGAAAAAAUGGGAAUAAAGAAACCACAACCAGGACAAAGCAGACAGGAGAAAGAGGCAUAUAUCAAAGCAAAAUAUGUGGAGAGGAAAUUUGUGGAUAAAUAUUCUAUAUUAUCAUCACCUCCUGAGCAGGAAAAAGAGAUGAUCUCCAAAAGUGGCGAAGAAAAGAGGUUAAGCAUUCCUAAACUUGGGCCAGGUGACCAAGGCAGAGCAUCUCCCCAAAGUUCAGUGGUUGCUGUAAAUAGCGACGAGGCCAGGCGGGAGUCUCUGUUCUGUCCUGAUGAGCUAGAUUCACUCUUCUCCUACUUUGAUACUUCUUCAAAACUACGUAGUAUCAGAAGUAAUGAUAGUGGAAUCCAGCAGAGCUCUGAUGAUGGAAGAGAAUCUUUACCCUCUACAGUGUCAGCCAAUAGUUUAUAUGAGACUGGGGGAGAAAGGCAAGAUUCUUCUGUGUUUCUUGAAUCUAAACAUCUUAAUCCAGGACUCCAGCUUUAUAGGGCUUCAUAUGAAAAAAAUCUUCCUAAAAUGGCUGAGGCUUUGGCUCAUGGUGCAGAUGUGAACUGGGCUAAUUCAGAGGAAAACAAAGCAACACCACUUAUUCAGGCUGUAUUAGGGGGCUCUUUGGUGACUUGCGAGUUUCUCCUACAGAACGGUGCUAAUGUAAACCAAAGAGAUAUACAAGGGCGGGGACCACUGCACCAUGCCACUGUCUUAGGGCACACUGGGCAGGUAUGUUUAUUCCUAAAACGAGGUGCCAAUCAACAUGCCACUGAUGAAGAAGGGAAAGACCCAUUGAGUAUAGCUGUGGAAGCAGCCAAUGCUGAUAUAGUGACCUUGUUACGUUUAGCAAGAAUGAAUGAAGAGAUGCGGGAGUCAGAAGGACUUUAUGGACAGCCAGGUGAUGAAACCUACCAAGACAUUUUCCGUGACUUUUCUCAGAUGGCAUCCAAUAAUCCAGAAAAACUAAAUCGUUUCCAGCAAGAUUCACAGAAAUUCUGAUUUUUUUCUUUUUUAAGAAGGGGAGAAUAGUAAAUCUGGUGACUUCCUUAAUGUAUAGAUUUGAAAACUCACACAUUUUUACUACUUUAAUUCUACUUAAUUUUAGUAGACAUUGAGUAGUUUGGAAAAAUGGUACCCAUUCUUUGGUAAAACAUAAGGCUUUAGUUGUUGGGAGAGGAGCCUUCUUUAGGACCCACAGAAAGGAGAAGAGCCUGUCUCAGGGCUAUUUUAUAGAUAAAAAUUGAACCCAGACUAAGGCCAUCUUUAGGUUACUAUGUCCUAAGAGUUUAGACAAAAAUCUCUUCUUUUUGCUAGUGGAUGGUAGCAUUGAUUUUUUUCUUCUGUGCGUCGUACCCAGUGUCAUUCAGUAAAGCAUUUUUGCAUCCAGUGGGAGCUAGGACUGGUCCUGCCUGCCUCAAGAGUAUGUCUUUUCUUCAGUUUCCCAGAUAACGUUAGUGGUUCAGAAAUGGUUUUGAUUUGCUUUGAUAGGCUAGCUCUUAUACACACAUAAAUAGUUUAAUUAGCUAGAGAGUAUGUUUCCCCAUUGGUUCAUAAAUGCAGUUAUAGAUACCUGGUUAUUGUCCAGUAUUUUAAUAUACAUACAAUGGUUAUACAGGUAGAUAUAACUCAGUCCUUCAGUUUUAUUCCAUUUUAUGCAGCAAAAAAGAAGCCCUUAACAUUUUUUUUUUUAAUCACCAAAAGAUUCUCAGUUAUAGAAAUUUUAGUUCUUCAUUGUUGGGUUGAUUUCCUAAAACCUGGACAAACUUAUUGAUGUAAUAAAACUGUUUCAAAAGUUACUUAAAUGUUGCAAAAUUAUGCUUUCAUCAUAUUGUAACUUUCAAAGGAAAAGCUGACUUAUAGAGUAAUGUAGAGCAUUUUUAUAUUUGAAAUUUGUCCUUUUUAAGAUACAUUUUUGCUGUUGGUCCUUGUGAAAGAAAAAUCUCUUUGUAAAAGGAGAAAAAAAAUGUCAUGUUUUUCUUAGCUUUAACUAAAAUAUAGCAUUAAAUUGCUUUUUAAUUUUUCCAACAUCUAUUCUGUGUACUUGUUGUAUACAGUGUAUGUUCAUUUAAAUUAUAACAUCUAUAUAGCUUUAGUAUUUGGUUUUAUGAAUCACAGACCCUUGAAUUCCAAAAUAUAGAUAUACUAAUUUAUCAUGUAUAUGCUACAAAUUAGUCUAAUUCCAUCUUUUGUUGAUAUAUCUUGUCAGGAUUAUAAGAUAAUUUAGUAUAAUAAUUUGCCUUCUUUUUUAAAAAAUGUUUUUAUUGAUUUUUUUUUUUUUUUUUUUUUUUUUGAGAGGAAGGGAAGGGGAGAGAGAAAGAAAGAGAAAGAGAAAUAUAAAGAAACAUUGGGCUCUCCUGAGCCCAAAACUUUGGCAUGUGCCCCAACUGGGAAUCAAACUGGCAACCUUCUGGUGCACACAGGAUAAUGCUCAACCAACUGAGCCAUACUAGCCAGAGCAUGGUUUCUUUCUAAUAUUGUCAACAAUUAAAUUUAAUCUUUUUUUUUUUUAUAAGUUGCAUGUGUUAUUGUUGAUACUCAGUUUCUAAAUAAGAUUUUAAAAUUUGGGUUAUCAAUAAGUAGGUAAAUACUAUUUAAUUGGAUAGAAAUACAUUUUCUAACCUCCCUUCCUCCCAAUAACUAGAGUUUUAUAAAUUAAUUGACUGUCAAAACGGAAUCUGUCUUAACAGGAAUUAUACUGAAAUAAAUUCACAUCACAGGAACGGUUCCAUGUUUGGUCAAAUUGCAUGCAUAUUAUGCUUAUUUAGUAUAUCGGAUAAGAAUAAAAACUAUAUUUAUGAAUUAUUUCUAAAGAAAUCUUAACUUCCAAAAGCCUUGUAAUUAAACCAAUAACAGGAACAUCCUGUUUUACCUCAGUCACAGAUCAUCUAUCUGGCUUGGCAAAAGUUUGAUUUAUAUAAUUUUUAUUAGAGUGUACUUUGAGAUUGAUUUUUUGAAAAACUCAAGAAUAAGGAAAUAUGUUAACAACAGAAAGAGAAAAGAGAGAUUCACUUUUCCUUUGCAGUGCUUAUUUCUGUUUUAAUCCUAGGAUUUCACCCCUAAAGCUCCUACCCUGUAUUUGAGGAAGCCUAGGCAGAUUUCCUUUGGAUCCAGCCCUCGGUGCUUCAGAAAACCUGUGGACUCUCUAGUUGUGAAGGCACUUCUUCAUGACACUCUUACCUCCUGUAGCCUGAGUCAUGAGUUGUUAAUGUGGCAGUAAUUAGUGCCUACUUGAAUCUUGGUACUACAAAAAUACAUUCCUGUGGCUUGAUUUCUUAAAUAUGCUGAGAUACAAUUUGGAUUAAAUUUGGCAGAAAUGAUACAGUAAACAGCAAGGCUGUAAAGUAUAAUAGUUUCAAGUAGUUACAAAGGGUGGCUCUUACCAGGGUAAAUUAAGCUGACAAGUAACAUCUUUUCCAUAGUAUGUAACAGAUCUGAGUAUUAUAGCGCCGUGAAUUAUUCAUUGCUUUAUGAGAAACUAUAGUGGAAGCAAAGUUAAUCUUACUCUUGGGCUUCAUAGGUCAUUGUGACUUGCCUUGGUUUUCUUUCCUUAACUGAUCUGCUGAUACUAGUUUCUGAUUCUUUCUUAUUAUUUUGUUAGUGCAUAUCAUUAGCUCAUUAACUUAGAAGUUAGAUUAAUAUUAAAAUAAAAAUAUUGUUUGCACUGGGAGGAGUUCAUCAGGUGCAGUUUCAUGUUAGAUCUAGACUAAAGGUAAUUGAGUAGUUACAUGCAAUUUUAUAAGGUUUAAAAAAUUACCUUUGGUAUAGUCCUUAGAAAUCCAGGAAUUUCCAGGGAUUCAUUACAUUACAGUGUUUGCCUAAUUUCUACUGGUCUUCACUAUAAACUUUAAUGAAUUUUGAUGUUUGUUUCUCAAAAUGUAUAGAUUUAAUUUGGAAUAUGUACUUGGGUUCUUCAUGAGUGCAUUUUGAA